AUGGAAGGUUGGACCAGCGAUGGCAUGGUGAACCAAUUGGCCACAGGCACUGUGAGUGACUUGCGGCUUUCCAGCGCCAUCGCAGGAGAUUGCAUGAAGUUGAAAGGCACCGUUGAGGAACUGAAAACCAAGAUGGCGCACCUAGCUGAAGAAAACCUUCGGCUGCGCAACGAGCUCUUCAAGCGUGAUGAUGGCAAUAGGACACCGAGGACCCCUGACACUCAGACAGCCAUGCUGCAGAUGAUGCAGCAGCAGCUGCAGCAACAACAGCAGUUGAUUCAGCUGCUGGGAAGCUCCCAAGCAUCGCUAGCUGCAGCUGCAGGCGUUGUGACCACGCCACGGGGGACGCAGGCUGCACCUGCCAUGCUUCCGGCCACGGCGGCGGCGCCAGCGGCGCCAGCGGUGGUGGUUCGGCCCCCAGAGACUGUGCAGGUGAGACCCGUGGUCGUCUCAAGGUGUGCCACACCACGAGGUCCUUUGGUACAUGGGGAUGGGCAAGUCCUUCGCAGUUUGCCCCGGGCGAGCUCUGUCCCCGCUCCCCAACGAGGAGCAGUGGCUGGACAGGCGGGUCCCUACAUGACACAGGCGCCGUCCGUUGAGGUUUGGAGGGAGCCAUGA